GCAAGUUUAAUAAAAACAUUUAGUUGCUUUUGUAUCUUACUGAAAUAAAUUACACAACAACUCUUUUACUAAACCUAUUACUUAAGGGACAAAAUGAGUAUGUCUGUUUGUUGAUAAAUGCUUUCUCAGAGGUAGGAAAUUAUCACUAAAGCACAUGAGGACAAUAUGAGAAAAUAGAACACUAAAAAGCACCAGGAGUUUAUAAACCAUGAGAUAAAAACUGAGAAUUCCACCCUUGCUCAUGGGAGGUGAAGUUACUUAGAAUAAAACUACGUGACACAUUCUUCCACAGAAAAUAUUUCCUAUAUGCUUCGAAUUUCCUAUUAAAUCUCCCAUGUACACAUGGUUCUUUGCAAUGCCAGGAAGACAUUCUGUUGAAUGUUGACAAGCUUUAAUAUCUUAACCAAUAUCUGCAAACUUCCCUUUCAAUGGCUUGUUGUUAGAAUCAGUGGUUCCCUAAAUAUUUUUCCUCUCAAGACUCAGAACCAACAACCUGAGGAUGAACAGAAUGCAUUACCAAUAACAAUCCGACCAUUUGAUGCUUUACAAGGAAUCUGUCAUGCAUUUUUCUAAUCUACGCCUCAUUACUGCAUAUUUACAAAAUUUAUAUUGGCUUUAGCUGAGUCUCUAUAAAUACUUAAAAACCAACAUGAAAAAGAACUUCCACUGUAUUAGAAACUGAUGUUCUGGUAAAACGAAAGAUCACACACAAUUAAUCACUGUUACGGAACGCAUACCUACAAAACACAAUUCUAGAGAUUUUGAAGAACUGGAAACCGAUUUGGAAAAACUGGAGUAACAAUUUUUUAGUGGUGUGGAUUUCCGAAAUCCAUACUUACAGUUUGGAGCCACAUGAUGUCGCUCUUCACCAUAGAAUAGAUCCCACAGAAGACUGACUAAAAGAAAAAAAAAUUGACCUCCACUCAACCCGGAAAGCUGUAUCCACCAUCACCAGAACAAUGGAGGGUGCAGCAGCGAUGGAUUGAUAGAUUAGAAGAAUUCCCCCAGGUCUGAGAGAAGAUCCCUACUCAGAAUAAAGAACUGUGAACUUGAGAUGGAAUUUUCCUGGGGAAGUGGCCAGGAAUACCAGCGCCUGCUGCUUUCUUUUCUGCUUCUUGCAAUCUGGGAGGCAGGGAAAAGCCAGCUCCACUACUCCGUCCCCGAGGAGGCCAAACACGGCACCUUCGUGGGCCGCAUCGCUCAGGACCUGGGGCUGGAGCUGGCGGAGCUGGUGCCCCGCCUGUUCAGGGUGGCAUCCAAGGACCGCGGGGACCUUCUGGAGGUAAAUCUGCAGAAUGGCAUUUUGUUUGUGAAUUCUCGGAUUGACAGGGAGGAGCUGUGCGGGCGGAGCGCGGAGUGUAGCAUCCACCUGGAGGUGAUCGUGGACAGGCCGCUGCAGGUUUUCCACGUGGAGGUGGAGGUGAGGGACAUUAACGACAACCCACCCGUCUUCCCAGCGAUACAAAAGAAUCUGUUCAUUGCAGAAUCAAGGCCGCUUGACACUUGGUUUCCACUAGAGGGCGCUUCAGACGCAGAUAUCGGAAUCAAUGCUGCGCUAAUUUACAGGCUAAGUCCCAAUGAUUAUUUUUCUUUGGAAAAACCAUCCAAUGAUGAACGAGGAAAAGGUCUUGGGCUUGUAUUACGGAAAUCUUUAGACAGAGAGGAAACUCCAGAGAUCUUUUUAGUGCUCACUGUCACGGACGGAGGCAAACCCGAGCUGACUGGCACUGUUCAGUUACUCGUCACAGUGCUGGAUGCCAAUGACAAUUCUCCAGUUUUUGACAGAUCUCUCUAUACCGUGAAAUUACCAGAAAAUGUUCCAAAUGGAACAUUGGUAGUCAAAGUCAAUGCCUCAGAUUUAGACGAAGGUGUGAAUGGGGAUAUUAUGUAUUCAUUUUCUACGGAUGUUUCACCAAAUGUGAAAUACAAGUUCCACAUAGACUCGGUUACAGGACAGAUUACAGUAAAGGGAUACAUUGAUUUUGAAGAAUGCAAAUCUUAUGAGAUUCUCAUAGAGGGCAUUGACAAGGGGCAACUCCCGCUCUCCGGACACUGUAAAGUAAUUGUAGAAGUUGAAGACAUCAAUGAUAACGUCCCAGAAUUGGAAUUUAAAUCUCUAUCACUUCCAAUCAGAGAGAAUGCUCCAGUGGGCACCGUCAUCGCACUCAUCAGUGUGUCCGAUCGUGACACGGGUGUCAACGGGCAGGUGACCUGCUCUCUGAAUCCUCAUGUCCCCUUCAAGCUGGUGUCCACCUUCAAAAAUUACUAUUCACUCGUGCUAGACACAGCCCUGGACCGAGAGACUACAGCUGAGUAUAAGGUAGUGGUGACAGCACGGGACGGUGGUUCACCCUCGCUGUGUGCCUCAGCCAGCGUGUCCGUGGAGGUGGCUGACGUGAACGACAACGCGCCUGCGUUCAUGCAGCCCGAAUACACGGUGUUCGUGAAAGAGAACAACCCGCCUGGCGCGCACAUCUUCACGGUGUCCGCGAUGGACGCAGAUGCUCAGGAGAACGCACUGGUGUCCUACUCGCUGGUGGAGAGGCGAGUGGGCGAGCGCUUGCUGUCGAGCUAUGUGUCUGUGCACGCGGAGAGCGGCAAGGUGUUCGCGCUGCAGCCUCUAGACCAUGAGGAGCUGGAGCUGCUGCAGUUCCAGGUGAGCGCGCGGGAUGCUGGUGUGCCAUCCCUGGGCAGCAAUGUGACCCUGCAGGUGUUUGUGCUGGAUGAGAACGACAAUGCACCUCUGCUGUUGGAACCUGAGGCAGGCGUCUCUGGUGGAGUGGUGAGCCGGCUAGUGUCACGAUCAGUGGGUGCGGGCCAUGUGGUGGCCAAGGUGCGCGCGGUGGAUGCAGACUCUGGCUAUAAUGCAUGGCUCUCUUAUGAGCUGCAGUCCUUGGCAGGCAAUUCCCGUAGCCUGUUCCGCGUGGGUCUAUAUACAGGAGAGAUCAGUACUACACGAGCUCUGGACGAGACAGAUUCGCUGCGUCAGCGCCUUUUGGUCCUGGUGAAGGACCAUGGCGAUCCAGCAAUGACGGUUACUGCCACUGUGUUGGUGUCGCUGGUGGAGAAUGGCCAGGCACCAAAGACUCCAUCAAGGGUGUCCACGAGUGUCAUGAACUCAGAGGCGUCACUGGUGGAUGUCAACGUGUACCUGAUCAUCGCCAUCUGUGCGGUGUCCAGCCUGUUGGUGCUCACGUUGCUGCUGUACACAGCGCUACGCUGCUCAACUGUGCCCAAGGAGGGCGUGUGCAGGCCGGGACAACCGGUUAUGGUGUGCUCCAGUGCAGUGGGGAGCUGGUCAUAUUCUCAGCAAAGGAGACAAAGGGUGUGUUCUGGGGAGUACCCACCUAAGACUGACCUCAUGGCCUUUAGUCCCAGUCUAUCUGAUUCAAGGGACAGAGAGGAUCAAGUGCAGUCCACAGGCGAUUCCCCUGGAAAGGUUAGUUAA